UAGUGUUAAAAAAAUUCCAUUAAGCGAGAAUACUCCCAGCAAUUUUAUAAAAAUAUAAAAGAAAAAUUUGCAAUAAAAGAAAAAUUCACAAUUUAUUAACAAUUAAUAACAACAAAAAAAGAAGAAACUUUACAGACCCUUAAACAGAGUUGUAUUUUUAACGGUUAAACCUUAACAGCAGCGAGUACAGAGUCCAAAAACGCAGGCGCAUCAAUGCCCCCCGUCUUAGUAAAAGUGUAGGCGUUAAUAAAAUAAUGAAAAAUAGUGUAUGUUUUAUAACCUUAACGUUAAAGGACACAUUCCAAAGGACAUUACCAUCAGACGCAAACAAAACAUUAAAGAAACAUUUUGAUAACGUAACAGAAAAUUUGUCAUUUAACUAUUUUAAUGUACCAAAGCAAAGUAAUUGCUAAACAAUAUAUUUUAAAAAAUUUGCAAGAAAUCAAAAAUAACAAUUACCAACAACAACAACAACAACAAAAAACAAAAACUUAUUAUACUCAAAACAUAUCCCGAACUUAGUAUUUAUUUGUUAAAAACAAAAUUAUAAAAUAUUUAUUAAAAUUAGUGUUAAAAAAAACCUAAAGUAAUCUCAUAUAUUUAUUAUUAUAAAUUUAAGUAUUUAUAAACCAAAAACCAACAAAAACAAAUUAUUUAUUAAAUAACAAAAAAUCUCAUCAUAUACAAAAUACAAAAACAACAAAAUGUCAUCAACCUCAUCGGAAUCGAAUCUUAAACACAAUAACGCCUUGUUGGCCACCGAAGAAAGUUCACAUUUAUUGGAAAAGGCUGUAAAUGGAGCUGAAAAAUAUGGCUCACAACAAGCGGAUCAAGAUAACUUACUCGAUAACAUGGUUCACACGACUGAAUCGAAUUCCAGAACCCUGCCACAAUAUGUGGCAGCGUUAUCAGCUGCUGGUGGAGCCUUUGCAGCCGGUACUCUCUUAGGUUGGACCUCUCCCGCUCAAGGUGAACUAACUACGGGUAAAUAUGGUUUCCCUGUCGAUGAAAAUGCCUUCUCCUGGAUUGGUUCUGCCAUGACUUUGGGUGCUGCCUUUGUUUGUGUACCCAUUGGUUUUCUUAUCAAUCUAAUUGGCCGUAAAUUAACUAUGCUCUUGUUGGUCUUACCCUUCACAUUGGGUUGGUGUCUCCUGAUCUGGGCUCAAAAUGUUGAAAUGAUGUAUACGGCUCGUUUUAUUUUGGGUAUAUCGGGUGGUGCCUUCUGUGUUACAGCACCCAUGUAUACGGGUGAGAUAGCACAUAAAGAUAUACGUGGCACACUGGGUAGUUUCUUCCAGUUGAUGAUAACGGCAGGUAUUCUAUUUGUGUAUGCCGUCGGUGCCGGUUUAGAUGUAUUUUGGAUGAGUAUUGUUUGCGGUAUUUUACCUUUAGUAUUUGGCGCAAUAUUUGUAUUUAUGCCCGAAUCUCCUACUUAUUUGGUUUCUAAAAAUAACAAUGAAAGCGCCGUUAAAUCUAUUCAAUGGUUACGCGGCAAGGACUAUGACUACCGUAUGGAAAUCGAAGAAUUAAAAGAGACUGAAAGAAAAAUCAAAGAAACUCCUGUUUCUAUUGGCAGUGCUCUCAUGCGUCCCGUUACCAUCAAGGCUUUAUGCAUCAGUUUGGGUCUUAUGUUCUUCCAACAGUUGAGUGGUAUCAAUGCCGUUAUUUUCUAUUCAACCGAUAUUUUCAGGGAUGCUGAAACCGGUAUUGAUGAAAACCUCUCCACCAUUGUUGUUGGCAUCAUGCAGGUCAUUGCCACCUUUAUCUCCGUCAUGGUAGUCGAUAAAUUGGGUCGUCGUAUCUUACUCCUGGCCUCUUCCAGUGUCAUGGCCAUUUCCACCAUUGCCAUGGGUGUCUAUUUCUAUAUGAAAGAAAACGAUAGAGAUUCCGUAGCCAAUCUCGGCUGGUUGCCCGUCAGCAGUUUGUGUGUAUUUAUCAUUAUGUUCUCUAUUGGUUUCGGUCCCGUGCCCUGGUUGAUGAUGGGUGAAUUGUUUGCUUCAGAUAUUAAAGGUGUAGCUGGUUCAAUUGCUGGUACCUCUAACUGGGUGUUGGCUUUUAUUGUAACUAAGACUUUUGUUAACUUGAAAGAUGCUUUGGGUAGUGGUGAAACAUUCUGGCUUUUCGCCGGCAUAACCGUAGUGGGUGGCAUCUUUGUAUUCGUCUUUGUGCCCGAAACUAAAGGCAAAAGUUUGAAUGAGAUUCAAGAUGAAUUGAGUGGUAAAUCGAACAGAAAUCAAUCAAAUGGUAAUGUUAUCUAA